AUGGCGGCAUUGGGAUGCUUUCGCGCGGUGUGCCUCCUCCACGCAGCGAUCGACUGCGUCUCCGGCUGCCUGAUGAUCUUCUUCCUGUGGGAGCUGGCCGAAUUCGGGCAUGGCAAGACGACAUCCAGCAAGAUCCUUGGAUCCACGCCCUAUGAUCAGCUCCUCAUCGCGACCUCGGAAUCCCUAGUCGGGAUGCUGUUGCUCGUCAUUGGCCUCCUCCUCUUCAUGGUAUCUUUUGUAAAAGAUCGGGAUUUCCAAACUUUCUUCGCCAAGGGCUGUAUCGUCAUUCACGGCCUCAUGGUGGUGUGGAGGCUUGCGUUUGAGAUCAGGGUGGAGGAGCUGGCUGGGGACUCGAUCAGGCAGAUGAUUGGUGAUUGCUUGUUGGGAUCGUCAUGGAUCUUCUUCUUGAUUUGGAAUUGGAGGGAGAAAUACGACUGA